UCACUUUACGCUGCACUUGCGGUGCAUUUUUUAAAACAAAACUAGAUUUCUUUUUUUAAACAGUCAUUUUAACAGUUUGCAAAUGUUCGGAAUUGAAAGUUAAAUUAAAUGUCAUGACUAUUUUGUUUUAAAUAGUCAUAUUGCAUUUGAAGUAUUCGCACCUUGAAUGAAGCCCAAAGAUCCGGAGGGAUAACUCUCUAGAUGUGAGAUUUCGAGGGGUGAGGGUAGCAGAGUGUUGUCCGCCCUACGAGCGCCAUCUGUACGGUCAUCAGUCAAGAAAGUGCCACAGCAAACAGCGAAACAUGAAGAUGGACAGUGUCAGCCGUUGCUACAAUUUGAUUUGGCUCAGAAUGCUUUUGAUGUGCGUUAUCUUCUGUGUAGUGAGAGCUCAAGCAAAAGUUUUAUCAAGAGAAUGUCAAUGCCAAAAAAGCGGUGGUUGUGAAUGGAAACACCGAGUAGGGAAGGCAAUUAGAGAACGAUUAAUUUUGAAAGAAAAUGUAGCAGUUGGCAAACCGGCGAAAAUAAGUACCACUCACAAAGACCCUGCAUCUGGGCCAGCUUGUAAAGCUGUUGAUGGAUCAAGGAACACUACUUAUACUACAGAGAAAGGAAAGCAAAGCUGUGUAUCAAGUGGCAAGGGCGACAAAGCUCCUGUUUGGGAGGUCAAUUUAGACGGAACGUACCAGAUUGGUAUCGUCAAGGUUUACUGGGAUGAAGAGACUAAGGACAAGCACGCAGGCGCCAUCCUGAAAAUAAACGGCAAGCAGUGCAACGUAUUCAGUAAGAUAGGUACAAACCCGUCAGAAGCUUGGUGUAACAUGGUUGGAACAAGCAUUUCGAUGUCUCUGAGUGGCGACGCCCUUCUCCGGCUCUGCGAAGUUGAAGCAUGGGUUUGCUUUCCUGGGUUUUAUGGGAAACACUGUAACGAUUCCUGCACCACAAUCUGCGAUAAUAACAUGGCGUGCGAUUCCUCAACUGGACAAUGUCCAAAACGAAUUAUAAAACCACCUGAAGAAUGCAAAUUAAUACCAAUAGCGCUGCUGAUUGCGGCCCUCUCUAUUCCAAUUGGGUUGAUCUUCUUUUUUAUAUGUCGGCGGAAAGAAGACGACGAAGAAGCUGCAGAAGGAGAGGAAAAGGAAAAAGAGGGACAACAAGGGGAAGAAGGAGAAAAGGAAGGAGAAGGAGGAGAAGGGGGGGAAGGGGGAGAAGAGGCAGCCGCAGACGCAGGCCCAGACGCAGCCUCAGAAGCAGGCCCAGAUAAUGAGUGAGAUUGAACUCGCCUUACAAAAGCGCUUCGUGCUUGCCAUGUGUACAUUGUGUCAACUAUAUAAUAAAAACUGACAGUCUCCAUCAUGUUCUCAUUAUUUAGUUGUACACACAGCUUUCGGAGCUAUUUUGGUUGUCAUUGUAAGUACAUUUUGAUAGACGCUACACACUAUAACAAUAUUUUCAACUUACGUUUUCUGUUGCACACACAAAGGACUGGUGUAUGCUGCUGCUUAUAAGAGACACAUUUGCUUUAGACAAAUGGAUUAUUUUAAUAGCUUUAAGCUUCUCCAGGUUAUAUAUAUAUAACAGGAUUAAGCGCAAAAAAAUUCCAUUUGAAUUCGCCAUUUGCGGUUGCAUUGUGGUAUUCGAAACUUUUGCAUUUUCAAUUAAUGUUGCUUUUAUGUUGAUGAAGUCGUUGCAUCUGAUGAAUAAA